AUGGAGGCUGCCGAGAGUGACACGGCGAGCUGUGUCUCCCUCUCAUCGGCGCUGUUGGAACUCCCUGCCUUUCUGCCUCUCACGGCACUCUCGGUCGGUCGAUUUGCAUCGACCCACCAUUCUAUGAUCUUCCUAUGGGUAAGUGGCAUCAAGGGCAUUGGCCGCAAGACUGAGACAAAAGAGAAGAAGCUGGUUAUAGUAGUGGUUCAGGAUGAAGCCAAAAAGCAGCCAGCGGUGAUGCUGCAAUCCAGCUGGGCCCUAAAGAACAGCCCUUUCUUUGCACCUCUGAGUGAGAGCAGCCGACCCUACCGCGGCGUCUGCUCCUUCGAGAUAUGCCUUGAUGAAAUUGCUGGCCUCGACUAUUGGAACCCACUCUUGGUCGAUGCUAGUCGUGUGGUCAUUGAGGCGCGGCGUUUGACCCGGCGUUGGUUUCCAGACCUCAGCUCGUGCCAAGCGCACUUCGCAUGGGAGACGAGCGGAGUCACGAGCGGAGUUGGUUCAUCCCAACAUGCGGGUUCUCCUCUUUACCAGCCACAAGCUGCUGGCAACGCUGUGACCAUGCAGAAGGUUGAGCUACGCACAGAGAAUUGCAAGCUCCACACAUCGCCAUCAAAGGUGCGACAGACCUAUUGGCAGCCGCGCCCAGAAGAGGCAUCCUACGCUCGCCUCAAUGCCUUGGCAGAGACGGCCCAGCGCGUCUUGCGGCCACGAUCUCUGGACGAGGACUUUGCAAAGACAGACGAGACACCGAGUGAGGCUGGAGAGGUUUACGGCUGCGAUGGUGGCACUGGAAGCAGCGUUGGAGUUCUCAACACCUCGCAAGAGGUGGUGGAGCUCCUCUACAAUCGCACUGUGAACUUUCGCUUUGACGAUCCAUUCCUUCCCUAUGUGCUUCGCGAGGUGAUCCAUGAUCCUGAACAUCAUCGCCUAUUACGCCUCUGUGAGGCUGGCAUUCCAGCCUGGGCCAUUGUCUUGCCCAAAUUCACGGGUCUUUACCACCGCUACAUGCGUCAUCUUGUGGCGGCCAUUGUGGUGCUAGUGUCGUGCCUAUCGAUGCUCUUGGGUUUCUACGAUUUAUACAAACGCAUUCCUUUGGUGCGAUCCUUGCUGAAACAAUCGCUUGGCCCUUUGAGUAGCAAGCUGGAGGAGCUCGUAGUUGUGCGUCUUUCGUUCCUCUUGGGAUGGAUAUUACCCUACAACACCAUCUUGCGGCGCACAUGGCAUGGCCUCCAAAUGCUUUGGGACUUCCUCAAGAGCAUUUGCCUUGGCCUCUUUUCGGCGGCAACGAUGGCAACUUCUGCUGCGUCUUCAUUGCUGCAACCGGCAACGUCGUUCUUCUUCUCACCAGUCAUAGGAGCAGCUUCGGCCGGCAGGUCUGUCUUCCAGGCCGUAGCCACCACCGGCAAUGCCUUCGCUCGGCUCUUCUCGGGCUCUGGUUCCAGCUUCUCAAGUGGUUUUGGUACAGCUGGGCUUUUGCGUGCCGAAUUCAACAUGGCUCGUCAGGCCUUCAUGAGUGUCUACAACUCCACAUGCUUCCUAGGUGCGACGAUUGCAAAGCACCAGGCCUCCACCUCCGUGUGGCUCUCCCGCUGGCGGCAUCGCCAAUGGCGGCGCGUGGCAAAGCUCACGGAGAGGCCUCUUUGGUUGUUGGUGCUUUUGAUCCUGGCCUUCACCCGUUUUUAUCCGGGUGAUUUCACGGUCCGCUGUGGUGAUUCCAUUCUGUGGGAUUUGGCCGUGGCUGUCACCAGGUUCUUUUAG